AUGGCUUCCUACAAGAUCGAGCUCAAGACCUCCAACCGCGACUGCAAGUGCAGAGGAUCCUGCAAAGGAAACAUCGUUGACGUGCGUCCGCCCUCCUUCCGCGUCGUUGCUUUCCCCCGAGCUUUUCAAAAUACUGACGAACGCGUCCCUCUCAUCCCAGGGCCACGUCCGAGUCGCCGCAAUCUCCGAUCCCUCCGAGGGUCACUCCAACACGUACUGGAGGCACCUCGCCUGCAUGACCGAGAAAGUGGUGCGCGCUCCCAACCUCUCCUCCCCGCUCCGUCUCUUUCUUUCCACAAACCACUCGUGGCACGCGCCUUCGUGACACGCUCCUUCCACUUCUUUCAGAGGUCCAACAUCGCCGAGACGUACCCCGACCUCGCCGACAUGCCCGGCUUCGAGGAGCCCGGCAUCCGCGAGGCCUGGCUCUGUGCCGCCGCCCACGGCAACAUGGCUCAGGUCAAGGCCGCGUUCGAUGCCCAGCACUUCGACCUCGACGGCUUCGUGCCGCAGUCCCUGGAGGAGGUCGCCGCCGCGGCGCCGAAGGCCAAGAAGGUCCCCGCCGAGAAGGCCAAGAAGCCCGCCGCCAAGAAGGCAGCCAAGGCUUCCGCCGACGACAAGUCCGAGCCCAAGAAGCGCGGUCGCCCCAAGAAGAUCGUCACCGAGUCCAAGCCGCUCCCCAAAAAGGCCAAGGCGGCCAAGCCCAAGAAGGCCAUGGGCUCCCUCGGCUCGGACCCCUACGGCGUGGUCAGGAAGCCGGCUCCUCCCAUCUCCGACGGCGGGAGGAGGUCCGGCCGCAACGGCACUCCCGGCCCGGCCGCCGACGACAUCGACACCGACGCCUACUUCGUCUCCCCUUCGUCGCUCCCGGCGUAG